AUGACUUCCUCACCAGUACAUGGCCGUUCUCGCUCUCGACCCUCUUCCUCCCCCUCCAUCCCAACACUCUUCCAACAACCCACAGCCGACAUCAUCCUCCUCUCCUCCGACCGGCCAGCCGCAGAACUCAGGGUACACCGACGGAUCCUCAUCGAGGCUAGCGAGUUCUUCCGGGAGAUGUUCACCCUCCCCCAGCCUGUACGACAGGAUGGGUCACCAGAGGAAGAGGAGAUACCGAAGAUCGACCUCCAAGAACCAGCUAGCGUGCUCAUCCCCCUACUAACACUGCUCUACCCCGUCCCCCCUCCCUCUUUCUCAUCACUCGACCUCCUCCCAGCCCUCUUCCGCUCUGCGCAGAAAUACGACCUGCCCUCGCUCCCCCCUCUGCUCGCUUGCGUCCUGCGCGAACCCCGCUUCCUGCAAGCAGAACCCCUGCAGGUGUACGCCCUCGCAUGCCAGUUCGGACUGAAAGAAGAAGCCCGCCUCGCGAGCCGCGCGACCCUCCGCGUGGACCUGAUGGCGCUUCUCCUCCCAUUACCCGAUAAACUCGGGUCCAUGCUCGCGGUCGACUUGGUCCAACUCGUCGCUCUCCGCGUACAACGCGCAUCGCAGGCUAAGACCCUGCUCAAAGCCCCAGGGGCACUGCAAGGCCUCCGCUGUAUUAGCUGCGGGACCCUCCCAUCCUGGGUAGGGGAAUGGCGGCGGCGUGCUUGUGUGGAACUGGAUCGGUACCCGGUGAGCGAGACGAUCUUUGCGAGCUCUUUUCUUGGGGAAGUGAUCGGUAUGUGUGGGAUUGGAUGUGGGAAAUGUGGGAUUGCGAAGUGGGAGAGUGGGGAGUGGGAGAGGUUGAGAGCGGAAGUGGACGCUCUGCCAAAUACGAUAUAGUCGUACUUGGUUGAUGUAGAUAUCACUCAUGUAGGAUUCAAUUAUUUGAUGCGGUUGAUUGACUGUGAC